CCCCGCAACUCAGUCAGCAGGCAGCCAGGCAGCCAACGUCUCAGCGGCGAGUUUUCGGGCAAGUUAUCAAACAAAGGCUGAAAAAGGCCCGAAAAUGAGUCAGUUUAAAGAGCGCUUCGUGACUCUGCUCCACGAGAAGAACUUGGUGACAGAUCAGUUGGCGACGCUGGAAGAAAAAACGGGAGUGAAGAGAGAAUAUAUCGCCGUGGGUAUUCUGGGUCUUAUCGGGCUGUAUCUUCUCUUUGGUUAUGGAGCCUCACUACUCUGCAACCUGAUCGGCUUUGCCUAUCCAGCAUAUUUCUCCAUCAAGGCCAUUGAGAGCAAAGUUAAGGAGGAUGACACACAGUGGCUGACCUACUGGGUUGUUUACGGAGUCUUCAGCAUUGUUGAAGCCUUCUCUGACAUCUUUCUCUCCUGGUUCCCAUUUUACUAUGCUGGCAAGUGUUUGUUCCUGAUUUGGUGUAUGGCUCCAGUGACGUGGAACGGUUCCGAGAUCUUGUACAAGCGCGUGAUCCGGCCAUUUUUCUUGAAACACCAGGCUACCAUGGACACCAUGGUCAGCGACCUGAGUGCCAAGGCUAAGAACAUAACUGAGACCGUCACAAAGGAGGCUGUUAACCGGGCCCUCGUCCACGACAAAGAGCAGUGAGAAACAUGGAAAGGGCCUGCUGUGUAUGUGACUGACUGACUGGCUGACUGGCUGUCUGAGUGAAUGAGUGAGUGUAUGUGUGUAUGUAUGUUGUUCGCCUUUGGUUUGUCCUCCUCCUUCCAUGGCAAAGAUGUUGACUGACCCCUACUUCAUGUGGUGAAAUGAAGCUUCACACUCCUCCCAUGAAAAUGCAUUAAAGAUUGUGCAUCCACAACAGUUUACGUCCAUCGGUACUGCUAAGACAAUCGGUUAAACUGUGACUUUUUUCAUGUGAAGUGUGACAAAAGAAGCAGAAAGAAAGACAUUAAUAGCAAAAAAAAAAAGUAUGAUUGCAUACCUGAAAGUUGAAAUAAAUAUGUCAAAUUGAGCCAUUUGUGACAGAAAACUGAGGCUGGUGGUGCUGGUUGUAAAAACAGGUUGCCUUAAAAUGUUUUCAUAAACAGCCUUUUUUUAUACAUUGAUAAUCAAAACUGGAACUUUUAAAUGCCAUCAGUACCUUGUUGCUCUCACUAGCCUUAUUCUCGUAUGUGCCCAGCAGAAUUUAAAGUCUGUUUGAGCUAUUGGGAAGGUUUUCAAUCUUUAACAGUAACUGGACAACUCCUGUCUUUUGAUAUGUCUUAAUUUAUAAUCUCAAUAAAACUGGAACCCUGAUGAACUAAA